AUGCCAAGCAAAUGUUGCGAGCGACGAGGCCGGCAAUCCAAGACGAGGGAGUUGUCGCCAAUCGCUGUUGCUGGUGAUGCCAAACGGCGGGCCAGUCGCGUGUUCAUGUUUCCCACGAUGGCGAGCAAGGACGGGCAGGAGCAGGAGGAGCAGGGAGAACCACUGUGGCUAGGGCUGGACCUCAGCACCCAGAGCCUCACCGCAGCGGUCCUGAGGGGCGACGGAGUGGGAGGGACUUUCAACGAACCCAUCUUGCUAGAGUCCAUCAACUACGAGAAAGACCUGCCUGUCGAGCAGCGUUACGGUUCCAAGAACGGGAUGAAGGUCGUCGACGAACAGGUCACCUCCCCGGUGGCGAUGUGGCUGCACGCCCUGGAGGCACUGCUGCAGCGGCUCAAGAAUCCCGAGGGCGAGGCGGCCGCAAUCGACCUUUCCACCGUGCGGGGCGUCUCCGUGAGCGGGCAGCAGCACGGGACGGUGUACUGGGCCAAGGGCUCACAGAAGAGGCUCGAGGGUAUGGCUGAGGCACCACAUGGAGACGAGAGCAAAUCGAACGGCGGCGGCGGCGGCGGCAGCGAUGGCGGCCUGGCGGAGGCGUUUGCCGGGUGCUUCGCGGUGGAGGACAGCCCCAUCUGGGCGGACGGGAGCACGGAGAAAUACGCGUCGGAGCUGGAGGAGUCGAUGGGCGGUGCGGCCCGACUCGCCGAGCUGACGGGGUCGCGGGCGCACCUUCGCCAAGGGGCCCCGCAGAUCAUGAAGAUCCACCGGGAGCGACCAGAGGCGUACGACAACACGGAGCGCAUCUCUCUCGUGUGCAGCUUCCUGGCGUCGGUGCUGGCCGGGCGGUACGCGGAGAUCGAGACCUCCGACGGAAGCGGCAUGAACCUCAUGCACAUUAGAUUUGGGUUCUCGCGAGACUGCGUGGUGGUGGCGGGGAGCGGAGACAACUGCAACUCCCUCGCGGGGAUGGGGGUCAUACCCUCCCGCGACCUUGGUGUUGCUGCUGCUGCUGGAGGGGCGGAAGGGCAGGGUGCCGCCGGUGGUGGCGACGUGAUGGUGAGCCUGGGCACCUCGGACACUCUCCUGGGAGUCACCACGGACCCCCGCCCUACGACGACAGGGAACACCAUGUACCACCCCUGCGACCCUGCGGCGUGGUUUGUGAUGCUGGUGUACAAGAACGGCUCUCUCACCCGGGAGGCUGUGAGAGACAGAAGGGCUGGAGGAAGCUGGGACGUAUUUUCGAGGCUCUUGAGGGACGGCAGGCCCGGAAACGGCGGAAAGCUGGGCCUCUUCCUGGACCUGUUCGAGAUCACGCCGCAGAUCAACCGGCAGGGGAACUUCGUCGUGGACGCGGAAGACCGGCAAUCGGCGCAGGGGGAGCUGAGCGCCGAGGAGGAGGUGAGGGCGGUGGUGGAGGGACGGUUCCUCUCCAUGAAGGCGCACGCGAGGGAGCUCGGCGUGGCGAAGCCAGAGAGGGUGCUCGCCACCGGCGGGGGCUCCAACAACGCCGAGCUUCUGCAAGUUCUUGCCGACGUAUUCCAGGCGCCCGUGUUCACGGCGGCGGCGUCUGAUUCCGCGGCAGUAGGGGCGGCGCUGAGGGCGAAGCACGGGGUGGAAGGCCUGAGGCGAGGGGUUCCGUACGUGCCCUUUGCCGAGGUCUAUGGGGAAUCCGACAUGGGCGAGCCCGCGGCCGUGCCGUCGCCGGACGCCGGCGAGGCCUACGGCGGGAUGGUGGACCGCAUGGACGCUCUGGAGCAGAGAGUCAUGUCCAUGGAGAAGGAAGGGGGAGGCUCGGAAGAGGGGAAGGAAGCCCGAGAACCUGUUGCCCCUCCUUCCGUUCCAGCGGGAUAG